CGCGAGGCCGAGGGGGAAGUUUCAACUGGCAGACCUGCCAUAAUAACCUUACCCUCGCGGGCACGCGCCCACCCAGUAAAUAGUCUCCAAGGCACCAUUCCGAAAAUUAGACUUUACUCUUAUCGUAUUUAAAUCAUGUUUGAAUCCCCUUUAAAAUCAAAUGCACGGAACGCUUGGUCAGAGAGCCAGGAGGAGUUGAACGAGACGGAACCGGUGUCGCCCGUGAGUAAAGGAAACCGUGGGAAGAAGAAGAAAAACAGAAGGCAACAACCACAACAACAAAAAAACGAGAAACGCUCGGUCUCAGCUCCCCAGCUUUGCGGGGAGGAGUCGUUUGAUCGGGAAGAUGAGCAGUCAGAGAAACGGUACACCGAUUACGACGAACCGAUAGUGAGAGGGAUAUUUCAAAUAGGGAAGAAGAGUCACGACGUCCUUCUGACAUCGAUGAGGGUUACAUGGAGUCCUAUUCAGCCAGAGACCCCUACAGGUCAGUCCGAAACGCUGAGGAGGACAGAGUACGUGGAACUGAAGGAUGUGUUUGGAGUGAAGGUGAAGAGACGUCGUUCUGCGGGCCAGGAGACAGGGGGCACUCUCCUGGGCAUAACUCUGUUCCAGUGUAAGAAGAAGGGAUCCAAGCUGAAGGACCAUGCCAUUCACUUCAACAACAUGAGCGUGGACCACUGUGAGAUCUGGUUCAAAAAACUUAAGGAGAUACUCAGUGGUUUCCAGAACAGGCCCAAGUCCCUGAAGGUGUUUGUGAACCCUGCCAGUCAUAAGAAAGAGGCCUACCAGAUCUACAGAGAUGAUGUGGCACCCCUCUUUCAGCUAGCAGACAUCAAAGCUGAUGUGACCAUCACUGAAAGAAUGGGUCACGCUCUCUCUGUUCUGAAAGAAUCCAACUUGGACGGAUAUGAUGGGGUUGUGGUUGUCGGUGGGGAUGGCUCGGUGGCCGAGGUGGCCCAUGGGCUGUUGCUCCGGGCCCAGAUGGAUGCAGGCAGGGACACAGACUCCAUGUUCACGCCUGUCCGAGCAACACUUCCUCUAGGGCUAAUACCAGCAGGGUCCACUGACGUGGUGGCCUGUUCUGUCCAUGGCAUACGGCAUCCUGUUACUGCUGCAAUGCACAUCAUCAUGGGACACCAUCAGGAGGUAGAUGUGUGUAGUUUCAGUUGUCUGGGUCGCCUUCUGCGUUUCGGCUUCUCCGCCAUGUUUGGUUUCGGCGGGCGGACGCUGGCCUUGGCAGAGAGGCAUCGCUGGAUGCCACCCGGGCAGAGACGGGAGUUUGCCGUGAUCAAAACGCUGGCAAACCUCAAGCCUGAAGACUGUGAGUUGUCCUAUCUUCCUGUGAAGAAGGUCCAGACUGAAACGCUGGAUCCAGUAAAAAAAGAGUACUUAAAGGACGACAUGGAAGAGGAAGAGUCGUGGACGACCACCCGGGGUCUGUUCCUCAACGUCAGCAUCAUGGCCAUCCCUUGUCUCUGCUCUAUGGCCCCCAGGGGCCUGGCCCCUAACACCAGACUGAACAAUGGCAGCAUGGCCCUGAUCACAGCAGGAAACACUUCCAGGGCAGAGUUUAUCAAACACCUGAAGAGAUACAACAGUGUAAACAAUCAGUUUAGUUUCUCCUUCGUGGAGACGCAGACAGUGAGGGCUGUGAGGCUCCGCCCCCGCUCUCAGAGCAGCUGGUCUGAUGACAUCGCUGAGGACAAUGGAGAGUAUGACUCUAAGAACGCGCCCAUCAUCUCCUCCGAGGGGGCCUACCCCUGGAACGUAGACGGAGACCUACUGGAGGUGCCCUCAGAGCUGCUCAUCAGGUUACAUCCUCAACUCCUGACCCUGUUUGUUUUACCACCAGGUUACAUCCUCAACUCCUAACCCUGUUUGUAUUACCACCAGGUUACAUCCUCAACUCCUGACCCUGUUUGUUUUACCACCAGGUUACAUCCUCAACUCCUAACCCUGUUUGUUUUACCACCAGGUUACAUCCUCAACUCCUAACCCUGUUUGUUUUACCACCAGGUUACAUCCUCAACUCCUGACCCUGUUUGUUUUACCACCAGGUUACAUCCUCAACUCCUAACCCUGUUUGUUUUACCACCAGGUUACAUCCUCAACUCCUGACCCUGUUUGUUUUACCACCAGGUUACAUCCUCAACUCCUGACCCUGUUUGUAUUACCACCAGGUUACAUCCUCAACUCCUGACCCUGUUUGUUUUACCACCAGGUUACAUCCUCAACUCCUGACCCUGUUUGUUUUACCACCAGGUUACAUCCUCAACUCCUGACCCUGUUUGUAUUACCACCAGGUUACAUCCUCAACUCCUGACCCUGUUUGUAUUACCACCAGGUUACAUCCUCAACUCCUGACCCUGUUUGUUUUACCACCAGGUUACAUCCUCAACUCCUGACCCUGUUUGUUUUACCACCAGGUUACAUCCUCAACUCCUGACCCUGUUUGUUUUACCAUCAGGUUACAUCCUCAACUCCUGACCCUGUUUGUUUUACCACCAGGUUACAUCCUCAACUCCUAACCCUGUUUGUUUUACCACCAGGUUACAUCCUCAACUCCUGACCCUGUUUGUUUUACCACCAGGUUACAUCCUCAACUCCUGACCCUGUUUGUUUUACCACCAGGUUACAUCCUCAACUCCUGACCCUGUUUGUUUUACCACCAGGUUACAUCCUCAACUCCUGACCCUGUUUGUUUUACCACCAGGUUACAUCCUCAACUCCUGACCCUGUUUGUUUUACCACCAGGUUACAUCCUCAACUCCUGACCCUGUUUGUUUUACCACCAGGUUACAUCCUCAACUCCUAACCCUGUUUGUUUUACCACCAGGUUACAUCCUCAACUCCUGACCCUGUUUGUUUUACCACCAGGUUACAUCCUCAACUCCUGACCCUGUUUGUUUUACCACCAGGUUACAUCCUCAACUCCUGACCCUGUUUGUUUUACCACCAGGUUACAUCCUCAACUCCUGACCCUGUUUGUUUUACCACCAGGUUACAUCCUCAACUCCUGACCCUGUUUGUUUUACCACCAGGUUACAUCCUCAACUCCUGACCCUGUUUGUUUUACCACCAGGUUACAUCCUCAACUCCUGACCCUGUUUGUUUUACCACCAGGUUACAUCCUCAACUCCUAACCCUGUUUGUUUUACCACCAGGUUACAUCCUCAACUCCUGACCCUGUUUGUUUUACCACCAGGUUACAUCCUCAACUCCUGACCCUGUUUGUUUUACCACCAGGUUACAUCCUCAACUCCUGACCCUGUUUGUUUUACCACCAGGUUACAUCCUCAACUCCUGACCCUGUUUGUUUUACCACCAGGUUACAUCCUCAACUCCUAACCCUGUUUGUAUUACCACCAGGUUACAUCCUCAACUCCUGACCCUGUUUGUUUUACCACCAGGUUACAUCCUCAACUCCUGACCCUGUUUGUUUUACCACCAGGUUACAUCCUCAACUCCUAACCCUGUUUGUUUUACCACCAGGUUACAUCCUCAACUCCUGACCCUGUUUGUUUUACCACCAGGUUACAUCCUCAACUCCUGACCCUGUUUGUAUUACCACCAGGUUACAUCCUCAACUCCUGACCCUGUUUGUUUUACCACCAGGUUACAUCCUCAACUCCUGACCCUGUUUGUUUUACCACCAGGUUACAUCCUCAACUCCUGACCCUGUUUGUUUUACCACCAGGUUACAUCCUCAACUCCUAACCCUGUUUGUUUUACCACCAGGUUACAUCCUCAACUCCUGACCCUGUUUGUUUUACCACCAGGUUACAUCCUCAACUCCUGACCCUGUUUGUAUUACCACCAGGUUACAUCCUCAACUCCUGACCCUGUUUGUUUUACCACCAGGUUACAUCCUCAACUCCUGACCCUGUUUGGAGUGUACAUCGAGGAGGCAGAGGAGGCACACAUCAAGUGCAGCUGCAUUUAACACUGUAUGUAGAGCAGAAUCGAUAUCUUUUAAAGCUGUCUAAAGGGUGGAUGAGUCUAUACACAUAUCAACCUCCACUGGCAUUGCCACAGAAUGUAACAUAGUCUUUCCUACUGUGCUUUACAAGAAACUGUCUUCAAUGUAUAGACUGUCUACAGUUUAAACUAUCUACAAGAAAGGAGCUUUUACACACAACCUAAAACUAUGUAUGUAGGGGUUGUCGAUACUCACAACCUCCGUUUGCACUAUCACUGAAUGUCACCUACAGGCUUUACUACUGUACAUCUUUGAAUGUUAGACGUCAAAUAACCAAAUGGAGGACAGACAGGCACAUUAAAUAGAAAAGGUUGAUUUAUAUUAAAGCAAAGACAACAUAAUAAUACAUUCCAGUGCACGAUUACAUCAAUUAUCAGACCAAAGUGAAAUGUGUUGACAAACAAAAUGUUAUCUGUCCAUUUUUACACGCCACACACGUAUUUAUUAAAAAUAAAACAUUUAUAGAAAUGUGGAA